GUCUUUAGUCUUUGUAAAGCUAUACAUAUUCUAUACAUCAAAAAAUAUCCCACAAUUUCUGCCAUAAUCAAGUAGGCUAGGCAUCUGGUGUUACCUUUAGAAAUAACUGGGCAAUAUAGCCAGUAGCCUAAUUCUGCUAAAUGUGUAAAAAUAAAUCAAUAAAUAGAGUUGCCUGGAAAUACUCUUAUAACGUCAAUCCACCUUGCUACAGAAUGUAAAGUAGCUUUCUUUCUUUCAAGUGGAUUGGCUACAACCCCAUCGGAUUACUCUGAUUGGAGCGGUCUCUUGUCAACCAACGCAUGAGCUCCAGCUCCAUGCUCUACGAUCACGUUUCCUCGAGACAAAUAGCAUCGCUUUAGGAUGCUGAACAAGGUACUGCUGUCGCAUCAGGACCAGAAGUCUGAAUGGGAUGGGGACGAUAAAAGAGAUCUGGAGCUGAGAAAAAUGCGUUGCGUCUGAGCGCAAUCCUGUUCUGUAUCUGAGAGGUCUUAGAGCAAACCAGCCAGGAACCUGACAUCAAAAGAAUGCACACAAGAUGUAAAUGGAGAAGCAGAAGUGUCAAGAAGAAAAACAGGACAUCUGCACGGUUGCAAACCGGAUUUGCGUUAAAAGGCAAACAACAACAUCCCAUCACUUUCCUCUAAUGCAAUCCAUAACUGACAAUUAAUGUCAAGCAGCACAUCGGUGCAGCAUUAUGCUGCCUUGCUGGAAGAAACACUGCUAAUGGAAAGAAAACCUUAUAAGAUUCAAUGCAUUAAAUACAUAUAAAUGCAGCAGAAUGCCUUCAAAAGUCUCAUGCUUGUACGUGUUGACAGUCGUUUGCUGGGCAAGUGCUCUUUGGUACUUGGGUAUAUCCCGCCCGACAUCCUCCUAUGUCAGUGGGCAGAUGUCUUUGCCGAUCCGGAAGACUGUGAAAACCCUUAAGAACACUACGUUCAGCAACAUCCGGACGCGAACGCUGAACCCACACGCCUUCGACUUUGUCAUCAACGAGCCUAAGAAAUGUGAGACCAACACGCCCUUCCUGGUCAUCCUGAUCAGCACCACACACAAAGACUUUGAUGCUCGUCAGGCCAUCCGGGAGACCUGGGGUGAUGAGAGCACCUACAGCGACAUCCGCAUCAUCACCCUCUUCCUGCUGGGCCGCAACACGGACGCCGUCCUCAACCAGAUGGUAGAACAGGAGAGCCAGAUCUUCCACGACAUUGUGGUGGAGGACUUCAUAGACUCAUACCACAACCUCACCCUCAAGACCCUGAUGGGCAUGCGCUGGGUGGCCACCUUCUGCUCCCAGGCCCAGUACGUCAUGAAGACAGACAGUGACAUCUUCGUCAACAUGGACAAUUUGGUCUACAAGCUUCUGAAGCCCACCACCAAGCCCAAGAGGCGGUACUUCACGGGCUACGUCAUUAACGGCGGUCCCAUCAGAGACAUGCGCAGUAAAUGGUACAUGCCCAGAGACCUGUACCCCGAUGCUAAGUACCCCCCGUUCUGCUCGGGCACAGGGUACGUGUUCUCAGUGGACGUGGCUGAGCUGAUCUAUAAGACCUCUCUGCACACCAGACUGCUCCACCUGGAGGAUGUGUACGUGGGACUGUGUCUGAGGAAGCUGGGCAUCCACCCCUAUCAGAACAGUGGCUUCAAUCACUGGAAAAUGGCCUACAGCCUGUGCAGGUACCGUCGUGUUAUCACUGUCCAUCAGAUCUCACCGGAGGAAAUGCACCGAAUCUGGAACGACAUGUCUAGCAAGAAACACCUCAGAUGCUAGUGGCACCUGAGGACAACUCAACUUGGACUCUUCUUCAUUUUCUGACAGCAUUAGUUCUCUGUAGGCUACUAGCAUACUACUGAAUCCACUCUGUAGCUGUUGGGUGCAUGAAGCUUGUAAAGCGCAUGUUCUCAUUCAAACACACACCAAAAUAGUCUUGUUGCUAGUCAUUUUGUAAUCUGUCUAGAAUUCCAACUAUACACUUCACAAACUCAUUUUGAUGAACAUUUACUCUCUAAUGUACAUUUUUUAAAGUAACAUUUACAAGUGAAACCAGAGAGUUAUUAUUGAAAGAAAAAAACAAUUUAUUUGUCAGUGUAAAUCUAUCUACUUUAUGCCAAGUCCUCAUGCUGUUUUGGGGGAUGCCGGUAUUUCCUUACAGCGGGACAAAGCCUCACCCACAUCAUGUCUUAUCCCUCCUACCAAUCUUAUGGCUGGUCAACUACUGUACACACAAUAAUACAUACAAUUUGAAAUGGCAAAUAACGCUGCAACAAUGACAACAAACAUAGACCAAGUGUGGAUGUUGUUGGUUGUUUUCAUAUUGUUGCCAUUUAUUAAGAAAUGAAGACAUCUCUGCUGGAUGUACUUCAACACUAUUGGUAGUGAUGUUCACUACUGCAGUGUUCGAAACUACAUGUGUGGGUAAACAGAUGCUAUACAUUUUAAUUUGCCUGGGUAUUUUUUGUUUAAAUAUUGGUGUAAAUGUAGGCUAACUGCCACUUCUUCGGGAAAGAAACAUUUCGAUGUAAUUUAUAUAUUUUUUUACUCUAUUAUUUUUCUUACGGUGUACUUUAAGUAAUCAAUGGUGUCAUGCUACAGGCUUCUGAUAAAACUGGCUUCUAUUACUUUAUACUGUACGUAGAGAGCUGAUUCAUUAACAAUUCAUUACCGCUACCAAGUCUCAACAGGCAUAAAUAUCAUCUUGUGCAAGUGACAAUUUACAUAGUAACAACUAUCUACAUUCACAAAUGAAUGUAUUAUCAUGUGUAUUUGGAAUAUCUUUACUGAAGCACUGCUAUUGAAGCAAUGGGAAAUAAUUAUAUUUUCUAGAACUUGGAUGGCUGUUAUGGUCCAAAUGUAAUUCAAGUAUUUUUUUUAAGUCUAGUAUUAUACUGAACAAAAAUAUAAACCCAAGAUGCAACAAUUUAGAAGAUUUUUCUGAGUUACAGUUCAUAUAAGGAAGUCAGUCAAUUUAAAUAAAUAAAUUAGGCCCUAAUCUACGGAUUUCACGACUGGGAAUACAGAUAUGCAUCUGUUGGUCACAGAGACUUAAAAAAAAAGGUAGGGGCGUGGAUCAGAAAACCAGUCAGUAUCUGGUGUGACCACCAUUUGCCUCAUGCAGCGCGACACAUCUCCUUUGCAUAGAUAUGAUCAGGCUGUUGACUGUGGCCUGUGUAAUGUUGUCCCACUCUUCAAUGGCUGUGUGAAGUUUCUGGAUAUUGGUGGGAACUAGAACACGCGGUCAUACAAGUCGAUUCAGAGCAUCCCAAACAUGCUCAAUGACUGACACGUCUGGUGAAUACAGUAUGCAGGCCAUGUGGAAGAACUGGACAUUUUCACCUUCCAGGAAUUGUGUACAGGUCCUUGUGACAUGGGGCUAUGCAUUAUCAUACUGAAACAUGAGGGGAUGGCGGUGGAUGAAUGGUACAACAAUAGGCCUCAGGAUCUCGUCUAGGGAAUUCUGUGUAUUGAAAUUGCCAUCGAUAAAAUGUGAUUGUGUUCGUUGUCCGUAGCUUAUGCCUGCCCAUAUCAUAACCCCACGCCACCAUAGGGUACUCUGUUCACAAAGCUGACAUCGGCACACGCUUGCCCACACGACGCCAUACACGUGGUCUGCGGUUGUGAGGCCAUUGGGACAUCCUGCCAAAUUCUCUAAAACAACGUUUGAGGCGACUUAUGGUCGAGAAAUACACAUAAAAUUAUAUUUUUUAUUGUCCCCAGCAGAAGGUGCACCUGUGUAAUGAUCAUGCUGUUUAAUCAGUUUCUUGAUGUCCCACACCUGUCAGGUGGAUGGAUUAUCUUGGCAAAGGAGAAAUGCUCACUAACAGGGAUGUAAAACCAAUUUGUGCAAAAUAAUUUAGAGAAAUACGCUUUUUGUGCGUAUGGAACCAUGGGACCAACACCUUUUGCGUUUAUAUUUUUGUUCAGUGUAUAAGCUAUUGUGACAUUUGACUGUGAAAGUUUAAAGAUCCAUCCUGAAGAGGUUGUUGUGAUAUACAGUAUGUUUUAUUUACAUAAAAAAAUAUAGAUACUUAUAAAUAAUAAAACCUAUUCAAUGCCUUGUAUACUUGUUGACCCUAAUCAUGCAUUCAUGUCGAUGCCAUUUGUUUUUGGUGUUUAGAUUUGUUGAAUUACAUGUAUGGAUUUUCAUGUUCAUCAAAUGUUUUGUAUUUGUCAACAUACUCGAGUACCAUCCACAAAUUACUCCCAGCAACAAAUAUUUGUUUUUAUAUUUCCAUGUAAAUGUGUGCAUUUGUAACAUUUUUAAUUUUCAGUGGCUCUAGCCAGUUUAACUCCCCUUGGGGAUCUGCCAAACAUCCACAUGCCACAUAGUGUCACUUGGCAGACUGUUCCCGACAGCAGUGUAUCUGCCAGAUAGUGACAUUGCCAAAUUCUGUAACUUGUUUAUAAUAAAUGGAGGCACUAUUUGGCUGAAAGGA